AUGACUUCUAUUGCUGGCCACCCUAGCCUAGAGCCAUCAUCAGUUUCACCCCCUCCAACGCAGCCACAUCCACCAUCGCAGCAGCCGCACAAGCGGGUUCGAAGACUACCACCAGAGAAAAGACAAAAGGUCUCCACUGCUUGCGAUUCUUGUAAAAAACGGAAAUUUAAAUGUUCAGGAUCAAACCCAUGUGAAUUAUGCGUCCGAAAAGGAUACGACUGUAGCUACACUGUCGUUGAUAAACGAUCACUAAAGAGUGAACGAUUACUAAUGUUGAGGCAACAAAAGAGGCUACAGGAGCAAAUGGAUGUUCAAGGAGGGUCAUCACAGACACCACAGCAAUACGAACAUGAUAUCAAUAAAGGGCCUUUUUAUACAACAACCCAAGCCCAGCAACAACGAUUUCAGCAACAAGAUUUCAACGCACAACCACAAGCACAGCCUUUGGUUCAACAUCAACAGCAACAUGCACUACAGAAUCCACCACCUCCGCCGCCGCCACCACAGCCACCUCAUCCUUUUCCAGCCAACGUUGUUUAUCAACAACAACCAUAUCCAAAUCAACAGAUUACUCCACCAGAUGCACCUCCCUACCAGCUGCCGCAAGCCCAACAACCGCAACAAUAUCCACCACAGUAUCCACAACCCCAAGUACAACUAUAUCAAGUGCCACCUAACUACCAGGCUGGUCCACCACCACCUGCUCCUCCUGUUCCUCUUUCAUCGCUGCAAUACCCACCAUACCCACCUCCCCAAAGGUUGUCUGUGCCUAUUUCCCCCAGAUACGCAAUGCAGCCGUACCCUCCACAAGGACAAGAUUCAUAUGCGGCAGAUACCAGACUGUCAUACUCAAGCCGCCCUCCAUCUUACAGCCAAGGACAAUUUUAUGACCCGCCUUCCAGCGCUGGCUCUAUGGGACCUCCGGGAAAUCAAUUACCGCUACAACCACAACCAAAGCCGCAGCCGCAGGCGGAGCCUCGAAGGGAAUCGCAAUCACCUCUCCCUCAACCGUACUACCAAAAUCAACACCCAAACGUGCAAAGUUUACCGCCCCAACGCCACCAGAACUAUCAAUACGGUGCUCCAUCCUUUGCUCAAAGUCAACAAGAGCGGUCUCCACGUCCUUCUUCACAAUUAGAUCCACAAAAUCAUACAUAUGCAAUACCUCAUGUUCAACACGAACAGCAACCGCCCCAACACGUGAAGAAAGAGAUUCAAAUGUCACAAAAAUCAGCUAAUAUUCUUACUCCAGACUCUCCAGGAUCCAAUAUGGCAGAAAAGCAAGGCGCUGGCUCGUUCCCAAAGUUUCUUCAACCGUUGCUUUCUUUCCCACUGAAAAUUCACAAGGAAGGUGAUUCAUCAAAAUUGCCAGAAGCAACUUCAAGUACUUCCGUCAAGACAGAAGUCGGUUCCAAAAACACAAGGAAGGAGAGAACUUCCGCUGCCAGUACAUUGCAAAACGAAGUUGAUUCAAAUGCCGUCCUUGAUGAAGAGAUUGCUAAUGAAGUGGGUGAUGGUGGUGCUGACUCACUGGAGUCCAAAGAUGGUGUUUCAAACCAGGCGGGUAAAAGUUGCAUUUUGUUGAAUGACAAGUCUGGUACGUUUAGAUACAUGGGUGAAACCAGUCCACUUUCUGUCUUGUAUGAAACAAGAAAUAUUUUCUAUCAAUAUGUGGGAAAGACGAAGCUAACCGAAGAUUUACGUGGAUGUCCUGUUAUCGAUAAACCACUUAAGGUGGAGGCUGAAGUUGUGGCACAUUUACCACCACCUAGAGAGAGAGACCUUUAUAUUGAACAAUUCAAGCGAAACAUCAAUGACACUUUUUUCGUUUACGAAUUAAAAAAGUUUUACAUUGACGUUGUUGAUCCGGUGUAUCUCGAUCCAGUCAAUGUUGAACAUCAACAAAAAUUAGUACAAUUGUAUUUUGUUUUGGCCAUUGGCGCAACAUAUCUUUCCUUUAGCAAGAAGGAUCCACAUGCAACAUUGGGUGCGAAAUAUUUUGAAUCAGGUUUACUUAUACAAAACUCGCUUCCAGAAGAUUCAGAAAUAUGGUGUGUCGUUGCCCACUAUUUGCAGUUCCAUUAUUAUCAAUCCAUAUUGAAAAAAUCAACAGCAUGGAUCCACUUAAAUUUGGCGAUAAAGUUUGCUCAAUCACUCGGAUUACAUCGCAAUUUUGUUAAUGAACAAUUUUCCCAAUUGAGUGACGAAUGUGAAUAUCGGAAACGGAUUUUUCGAAGUCUUUACUGCAGUGAUCGAAUUUCAUCAGUAUUCAUUGGUAGACCACUAGCAGUGAAUGAUUAUGAUUGGGAUGAUCCAACAAGAUACAAACUGUCUAAGACGUUGAUUUCAUCGAGUUUAAAUUUCAAUGCCAAGUGUCAAAUUGAGUUGGCAAGGAUUAGUCAUUUGAUUGGUAAAAUUGUUGCCAAUUUUUAUCAAAAUAGGAUCAUUGAUAUUAACAGGACAAAAAAUUUGGCAGUGCAGUUGAAACUUUGGUCUAAAAAUCUUGAUCCAUUGUUAUCGGUGGAAAAUAUAUUCAAACCAAAAGAACUUCCCCAUAAUGAAGAUGGUGGAAAUACGCAAAUUGUGUUGAUGAUGCAUUUAUUGCAAUUGUUUGCCAUUAUGUUACUUUGUCGACCAUUUUUCAUGUACGAUGCUGUAUCUCACGUCAACACUGCUUUUCCCAAGACAACUACAUUGAGAGAUAAGUCGUCAUCAAGACAAUUUAUUCAAGCAGCUACCAAGGCGUCGAUAUUGGCAGUAAAGUUGAUGAAUCAUUACAUCAACACUUCAUUUAAAGAAGUUAAGCGCAUGGAGUGUUAUAUCAUCAUCACGUGUUGCUUCUACAGCUCCAUAUUCAUUGGUAUUAGUAUCUUGAAUGGUAAUUACCAAUUUGACACCGUUGGAGGAGAAGAAGAAGAACAAGGAAGCUACACUGAGACAGAAAUGAUGAAUUUACUCAGAAAUGCUGUGUUCAUAUUGAAUCAUUAUUCAACUUGUAAUAAAGGUGCCGAAAGGUAUGCUGAAAUUGGAAGUGAUUUAAUUGAUGCAUUGGCAAAUAGGCACAAGUCUGGAUCAGCAACGAGUGGAGAGUCUAUGAAUGAGGCUGGUGACACCACCAAUGAGUCAUUACUCGAUGGAGAUGAAGUUUUCAAUUAUUUCAACUUUACUGAUGAUGCUAAUGCCCAGGAUUUACAAAAUUUGAUUGAUUUUCAACAAUUUUUUGUGUCACUGGAUAUAACUACUGGAUCAGUUUCAGAUUCAAGCAAUAUGCCAUAUGACUAUGGCAAUUAUGAUUUAUUUUUUGGGGACAAAUACUAG